GGAAGACGCUUCCGCGAGCCGACUAAGAGAAAGCGCGAAAAUGACAUGCAUGCAGAAAGAAUAUUCACAAUCCCAAUCCGAGAAAUCCAUUUUUGAUCUCUUGAUUUUUAAUGAAGGUUAUAUAUUAUUACUACUACAUAAUUGCCUUGCCCACGAAAAUGUCCGUAAAUAAUUGAAACUCCACCAACAACAAAUCCUCAAAUCAAAAGCAUCGAAAAUCCUCAUACCAAACAGAAAUAUCGUAAAUGGCAAUGUUCAUUUCCCCUCCUCUUCAUGGUCGUUGUCCUCCUCCACCUCCUCCCCAACCCAUCUCCUAUUUUUCGUUUUCGUUCAAUCCUAAUUGAGCGAUUUCGUCGUUGACGAUCACAUGCCGAUUCAGGUGGCAAAUCCAUCACCGGCCCCGCAAGGACAUCAUCAUCAGAGGAGGAGGGGAGCUUUUGGGGGGCCGAUGACGAUGAACCACCACCAUACUUCUUCUAAGAAAUCCGAUAAGCCUGCUUGCGGCGACUCGACCUUGAAUCUGAAGAAUGUCUUCUUGAGAGCCAUGCGGCAUAAGCUUUUCAAAUCCAAGAAAUCUAGGCCCAAAACCCCCGUUGAUCUUGUUUCCCACACCACCUCAUUGCUUUCUUACCUCAAUUCCGCUUCAUAUUAUCCUACCACCGGCCACAAGCAUACGGGAAAGAUAGCAGAAUUAGAUGUGCUCAUGAGGGAGUUGAAAAUAAUUCUUUAUGGUAAUGGUGAAUCUGAGCCAACUGCUGAAGCAUGCGCACAACUGACCCAACAGUUCUUCAAGGACAAUACAUUACGCCUCCUCAUCAUUUGCCUUCCACAAUUGAACUUGGAGGCUCGUAAAGACGCCACCCAAGUUGUUGCAAAUUUGCAAAGGCAACCCGUCAACUCACGUUUGAUCGCAUGUGAUUACUUGGAAUCCAACUUGGAUCUUAUGGAUCUUUUGAUAUGUGGUUACGAAGAUCCAGCAAUGGCUUUGCAUUAUGGAGGAAUGCUGAGGGAAUGUAUUCGCCAUCAGACGGUUGCGAGGUAUGUUUUGAAAUCAGUGCACAUGAAGAAGUUUUUUGACUAUAUACAACUUCCGAGUUUUGACGUUGCUGCAGAUGCCAUAGCUACUUUCAAGGAGCUCAUGACCAGGCACAAGUCCACGGUUUCAGAUUUUCUCACUGACAAUUAUGAUUGGUUUUUUGUGGAAUUCAACUCGAAAUUGUUGCAAUCUCCAAAUUAUAUCACCAGAAGACAGGCUACAAAGCUUUUGGGAGAUAUUUUGCUUGAUCGCUCAAAUGUUGCUGUGAUGGUACGCUAUGUCAGCUCUAAGGACAACCUAAGAAUUUUAAUGAACCUCCUGAGGGAGUCUAGCAAAAGCAUUCAGCUCGAUGCUUUUCAUGUAUUCAAGCUUUUUGUGGCCAACCAACACAAACCUUCUGACAUAACUAAUAUCCUAGUGGCAAACAGAAGCAAACUUCUACGACUCUUGGCUAGCUUCAAGAUAGACAAAGAGGAUGAAUCAUUUGAGGCAGACAAAGCUCAGGUUGCAAGGGAAAUAUCUGAACUCGUAGCCACUGGAUCAAUUGGCAACUCUGCAGAAUUAGCCAAUCUUAGUUGCUAAACUCAGUUUGUAACGUAAAGUAACAAUUUUCAUGGGCGCUGAUUAGAAGCUGUUUGUAAAUCAAGCUUAAGAGAGAUUGAUGGUGAUUUAAGGUAAACAAUCCUAGUUCUAGAUUGGCUUAAGCACUUGAUCAUGAUGUGAUGCACAUACCCUUGAUAUAAAUCAAAGAAAAAAAAUAUAUAUUUAUGAAGAACUUUUGUACUUUUUGUAUCUCUCAAGGAACAUAAGUAGGUUUUUUCUUGAAACUUUGAUCUCUUAAACUUGCUAUAUAA